GACAGACACACUUUCGCAUUUAUAAUAUUAGUAUAUAUUUUAAUAUGUUGAUGUGUCUCGGGAGAUGCAACUGUAAUUAUGCGGAGGCGCGUCGACUUUAUGAAGAGCUCUUUGCAAUACCAAGGAACGUAACCCUACCAUCGACGAUGGCAUUCCAACGACUGCACAUACGUAUGUACAACACUGGCAGUGUACAUGGCCGUGAUCAACAUCGUGCUGACGCAGGAAGGCCUAGAAUUCACGACGGUGACAUUGAGGAGCAAAUCCUGGACAUGUUUGGGGAAGAUCCAACGCGAAGCACACGCUCGGUGGGACGCGAAUUAGGUGUGAACCACAUGCGUGUUUGGAGGAUCCUCAAAGAUGAUGGCCAGCACCCGUUUCACUAUCGUCGAGUUCAGUCUCUACUUCCCACGGACUAUGAGCCUAGAAUGGUGUACAGCAGAUGGGUACUAGACAAGGUUGAAGAGGAUAGAGAGUUCUUGAGCCAUGUUCUGUUUACUGAUGAGUGCUCAUUUGUUAGAACAGGUGUAUUUAACUCUCACAAUGAACACGUAUGGUCAGUCAUUAAUCCGCAUGCCACUAAACCCAGCCACUUUCAACACCGAUGGAGGAUUAAUGUUUGGGCGGGAAUAAUAGGGGACAAAAUAAUUGGACCUUGUUUCCUAACCCAAACAAUGAAUGGUGGGAACUACCUUCGCUUCCUGCGAGAAGAGUUGAGCGAGGAACUUGACGAACUAAAUCUCAAUCUCGUGCGCCGUUUAUGGUUUCAACAUGACGGCGCACCACCGCACUUCUCGCGCCCUGUGAGAGAUUAUUUGAAUGCAGAAUACGGCGAAAGGUGGAUUGGCCGGGGUGGACCAGUCAAUUGGCCUGCGAGGUCACCUGAUCUCACACCAUUGGAUUUUUUUCUCUGGGGUACUGUCGAACAGUCCGUUUUUAAAAAACCUGCGACACCGAGGCCGAAAUGCGUUUGAGAAUAGUCGCAGCAUUUAAUAAAUUAAAGUCCGAUACAUCAGUUUUACGACGCGUCCGUGCAAAUAUUAUUAAACGGUGUGGCAAAUGCCUAGAGCUACAAGGCGGACAUAUCGAACAACAUCUCCGUAAUCGUGAAGUUGAUGUUGUCAUAAAUUAGUGAUUUACGAUGAGGAAGGAUACCUACCUUACCUACUCAAUCUUACUUACUUAGCUAAUAAAUUGGAUGAACUAACA